CCCCGGUCCCCCUCGCACAUCACCAAGAAGAACACAAAGGCAAGUAGGGUUAGGGAGGACGCGGCGGCGGACCGCGAGAGAGGUUAGAGGAGGCGGAGGCGGAGGCGGUCGGCGAUGACGGGGAAGGCGAAGCCGAAGAAGCACACGGCGAAGGAGAUCGCGGCGAAGGUCGACGCGGCGAUGACGAACAGGGGAGGCGGCAAGGCGGGGCAGGCGGACCGGCUGGGGCAGGACAAGGGCGGCCACGCGAAGCUGGCGUGCCCGCUCUGCCGCACCCCGGCCCCCGACAUCAAGUCCAUGCAGAUCCACCACGAGGCGCGCCACCCCAAGCUCCCCUUCGAGCCAGAGAAGCUCCUCAACCUCCACUCAUCCGGCGCCGGAGCCGCUGCCGCCGCCGCCGCCGCCGCCGCGGAGGCCACCACCUCCAAGCCCAAGCCCGGCGUCCGCGGCAGCCUCAAGAAGUAGUUUCGUGGGGUAAUUCCCUCGAUUUCAAUCCCAUCCAUGCACCCAAUCCAGAAUCAACUACCGCUCCAGCCGCAGCCGGCCUCCGGUGUACUAUUAGUCUGCUUCUGUUGCUGCUUUACAUUACUGCCGUUACAUCUCAUGUGUCAUGUGAUAGACGUGUUAAUUAUAUCUGUGGCUAUGGCUCUGCCUGUUGUUCCAUCUCGUCGCAGGCAACUCGGCAUGUUUAAUUAUGCACGCUUCCUAUUGUUCA